AUGACAGACUCUCCCACCACCACAACAACUACAUCACCACCACCACCACCACCACGCCUCCGCAUCGGCGUCCUCCUCUUCCCGGGCUUCCAAGCCCUCGACGUCUUCGGUCCCCUCGACGUCCUCAACGUCCUCUCCUGGUCCACCAACACCAACACCCCAGAUACCCUCCCCUCCCCAACUCCACCCAUAUCCCUAACCCUCCUCUCCACCACCCUCACCCCCAUAUCCACCCUCCCCCCCUCCCUCCCCAACGCCCUCUCCCAAUCCAUCCUCCCAACAGCAACCCUCACCUCCUCUCCGCCGCUCGACGUCCUCCUCAUCCCCGGAGGCUGGGGCACUCGCGCCCCGCUCCCCGAACACAUCGAGUACAUACGCUCCGUCUACCCGUCCCUCAAGUACCUGUUGACUGUGUGUACGGGGGGGAAGUUAGCUGCGAGGGCGGGAGUGCUGGAUGGGAAGAGGGCUACGACGAAUAAGAAUGAUUGGGAGAGUGUGGUCAGGGAUGCUCCCCGCGUGGAGUGGGUGAGGGAGGCGAGGUGGGUGGUUGAUAAGUCUGCUGGGGUAGAGGUGUGGAGUUCGGCUGGUGUGAGUGCCGGUGUGGAUUUGAUGUUUGCGUGGGUGGAGAGUAUUUGGGGGGAGGAGGUUGCGGGGAGGGUUGAGAGGGUGUUGGAGUUUAGAAGGUGGAGGGAGGGGGGGAGGGAUCCUUUUGUUUGUUAA